CAACAGUAAUAAGCAGAGGUUUUUUUUGUUUGUUUGUUUUAAAAAAAUAUUUUUAGCUCCAUGUCUCUGUCCAAAGAGGAACCCCGGCAGCCGAAGUGCGCUCGCUGCCGGCACCACGGCGUCCUGGUCCCGAAGAAAGGCCACACCAGGAGCUGCCCUUUCCUCCGGUGCGACUGCUGGAAGUGCAGCCUGAACACGCAGAGGUCCCAGAUCACCGCCAUGCAGAGAGACCUCGUGGAUGACGGACAGAAAAAGCAGCAUAGACCCCACACCUGCACCGGAACAAAGGGGAGUUCCAGCAGCGCCGCCCGGGAAAAAGGCGCUCGGCCGUCGGCUACAUCUGGACCGGUGAGCCCGCCUUCUGGAGGGGAGGCGGGAGGAGAACAGGUGACCGGCGCUGACAGCAGAGAGGUGCCCGUUUCCAGGGAGAAACCUCCAUCUUUUAAUUCCUCUUACUGUGGUGAAUUUGGGCAGACUGCACCUCUGCCUUUUAUUCACUUCCCGUUCAGGAUGCCAGGUUACUACCCCAGCAGCUACUCUGCUCCUCCAGACCUCCCCUUCAGCAUGCCGUGGCUUCCACCUCUACCUGCCGGGCUGUACGGCGACGGCCUCUGUGGAGCCCUGAUGUUCCCUCAUUUCCAGCCUGGUGGUGUUCAUCCGACUCCUCCACCUGAACCAGCAGCUCCGGCUGAUUCCAGGCUGGUUUUUAUGCGUCUGCAUCCAGUCUCGGUCCCAGAGACUCUCCAGGAGGAGCUCAUGCCGAGGCAGCAUCUCCACCCUCCUCCAGCCAAUAACACUGACAGCAUGGAGCAAGAUAUUGAUGAGAUAUAGCUUUUAAAAACAGAUUUUUGCUGCUUCAGUAAUUCCUACUGUCCAUGCAGAUGUUGUUUGUUUUGUCGAGGUGGUUUUUGUUUUGCUGACUAGCCUGUUUUGGCAGUUGAUAGCAUAAAUGUAUUCAGAUUUGUUCAUGUUUUCAGAAUUGUUAAUAAACUGUUGCAAGCUUUUGCCUUUUUUAGUGUACUUUUGUUGGUCAUUUGUACUUAAGACCUGACAUACUGUUGUUUUUUAUUAAUGUUAUUAAAAUUCCUUCAUUAGUUUUUCACAAAAAGUGACCACUUACUUGGUAGUUUCCAGUUCCUUCCUAUGGGAAUGUGAUUUCAUAUGUGGUUGUUGAUGGAAAAACAAGGCUUUCCAGAUGCAGUAGGGUCUUGCACUGGACUGUAUCACCUGAAGAUUCAUCUGUCAAAGCCUCAUUAAA